AUGUCACAAAGUCUAACAGAUUCUCAGCGCAACUAUUCCCAGUUCGAAAAGGAAGCUCUUGCAUUGGUUACGGCGGUCGAACGAUUCCAUAAAUUCGUCUGGGGAAGGAAGUUCAUCUUACAAACCGACCAUAAACCGCUUGUCGCUCUCCUCCAAUCUGAAGACACAAAAGGUCUAAAACCCACUACAGCGGCUCGUGUCAAGCGCUGGGCCAUAAGACUACUGGGUUACGACUUUGAAAUCGAAUAUGUCCACUCACAGGACUUCGGUCAAGCAGACGCUUUAUCGCGUUUAAUACAGAAAUUCUGCCACGAUAACAUGAAGACUUACAAAGACUUCUCCAUCGAUAAAUUUGAAGAAGAACUUCGUCUCAAGUUAAAAUCGGCUACCAGUACUGACCCCGACCUCCAAGCUAUCAUGGAAGCUAUUCGGAGCAAUAAAACUCCUACUAUCAGUUCACCUACGGUGGAACACUAUAAGAAACGUCUUGACUUCCUGUCAAUCGUCGACGACAUCUUACUAUUCGGAGACAGAGUAAUCAUACCUCAAGGUAUUCAAGCCAGUAUCCUGUCAUCUCUCCACAAAGGCCAUCCCGGUAUUCGAAGAAUGAAGCAGCUCGCACGUGAAUACGUCUACUGGCCAAAACUUUCCGAGGAUAUCGAACGUAUAGUAAUACGGACCGAUAGACGGCCAAUAUCUACUCGUCUUCGUGGACGCAUUUUCAAAAUUUAUCGAAGUGGCUAUCAGUGGCCAACUAUUUCUGCAGCACGCACAAUAGAAAUAUGUCGGGAAAUAUUCUCCAGGUAUGGUCCGCCUGAAAUAUUAAUAAGCGAUCAUGGAACGCAAUUUACAGCAGAUAUCUUCGCAAACUUUUGCAAAGAGAUGCACAUCGCUCACAUUCUGUCCGCCGUCAACCACCCUCAAUCUAACGGACAAGCUGAGAGAAUGGUCGACUCCGUAAAAAGAGCUAUCGCAAAAAAUCCUUCCAACUGGAGGAAAGAACUCCAAGACUUCCUUUACAGUUACAGACAUACACCUUACUCCGCAACCUCAAAUGGAAGAUCUCCAGCCGAAUUAAUGUUUGACAGACAUAUUACCUCUCCUUUCACCAAAUUACUCCCUAUACUACCAAUAUCCCCAUCCACUUUUCCAAACAAUCUCACGCAGAAACAGUUGGAGAUGCAACAACAAUUCGAACAUCAUCACGGAGCUCGUCACAGAACUCUCAAUUUGGGAGACCGAGUCAACGUGGCACUAAAAGACAAACGCGAACAGGGACACAUCAAAAACAUCUUAUCGAAUACACGCUAUCUAAUAUUACUGGACAGUGGCAGGUCGGUCGAACGACACAUCAACCACAUUUGGAUAGGAGGUAGCACCCCGGCGAAUCCUGAUUCUUUAACCUCAGAUGACUGA